AUGACCCAGACCAAGCCUCUCGUCGUCGUCUUCGGUGCCACCGGAGAGACCGGCCAGUCCAUCGUCCAAGGUCUCCUGCGCAGUGAUGCUUUCCGCGUCGUCGCCGUCGUCCGCGACCACACCAAAUCUACCGCUGUUCAGGUCGCUGGAUGGGGCGCUACGCUCGUUACGGCCGACCUCGAGGACGUGACGCAGGAGCGGCUGCAGGAGGUCCUCAAGGGCGCCGACAUCGUCAUAUCGACCGUGCCGCCGCCGCUCUUGGAGGCGCAAACGAAGGUUGUCGACGCGGCGAAGGCCGUUGGCGUCAAGCGCUUCGUACCCGACGACUUCGGCACCGAGGCGCCCAAGGGCGUGCUGCGUCUGCAUGAUAGGAAGCUCGCCAUCCGCGACUACAUCAAGGCCUCUGGCGUUCCCUACACCUUCAUCGAGGUCGGCUGGUGGAAGCAGCUCUUCAUCCCCUUCCCGCCCAGCCUUACCGGCACCGUGCCCGAUGUGACACGCCAGUUCCCGGGCAAGGGCAACGCGCCCGUCGCGGUCACCGAUCUGCACCACAUCGGCACCUACGUCGCGCGCGUCCUGCAAGACGAGCGCACGCUCAACCAACGCGUGUUCAUCUGGGAGGACGAGGCGACGCUGGACGAGGCGUGGAAGAUUGCGGAGAAGACGUUUGGGGAGGAGAUCUUGAAGCUUAAGAAGGUGAUUUCCGAGGAAAUCUUCCUCCAGAACCUUGCCGCCAUCCGCGCCAGCACCCCUCCCGACGCGCCCUACAGCGUCGUCCUCAGCUCAGUCGAGUACGCGAACUCACUGUACAUCCGCGGCGACAACAAGUCGGAAAAGGCCAAAGCGUCGGGCGCGCUGCUGUUCAAGGAGCUUUAUCCCGAUGUGAAGACGCAGACCUACAAGGACUUCGCAGAGGCGUUCUACAAGGCGCCAUAUGUGCCGUAUGCGGAGUCGGGCAAGUACUAG